GCUAGCGCUGCAGUGAAAGCACCAUCAGAGUGUCCAAUCGUUUCUCAAGAGCGUGUGUUCCAAAUUAGUCGCAACUUUCGAGCGCAAAAAAGUCUGCAAAACAGUUCAAAUUCUCGUCGAAAAUAUCGCGAAUCGGUAGUUUCCGCGCGGGUGAUGCUUUUGCGGUAGCAGGUUCCUUCCGGCCGCUGUUGGUUCUGGCGGAAAAAGUCCGCAAACGAGUGUGCAGUGUUGACGGGGAGUCUGGACGGUCGACGUCGACGUUCAGCGAAAUCCACGACGAAAAACGCAGAUCCCCGAGUUGUGAGGUUAGAAAAGUGGAGUUCAUUUCUGGGUUCGUUCGGGUGGCGCAAGUGAACAACAACAACCGCGUCGCGAGUGUUCGGGGUGUUCAUCUCGUCGGGCCGUUUGGCUUUGCAUCAGCUGUCGACUGUAAAUAUUUUGCUUCACGGACGAUAAGGAGUUUGUGGUGUUUUUGCGGUGUUCCGCCGAAGGUGCCACAGUAGCACCGGGUAAUCGAGACUUUGAACAAUGGCAGCACCACAGGAUCAGGCGGAGGUACUUCAAGGCCGAGAUUUGGCGAGAAUUUUUCAAGUAUGGGAGGAAAUGCACAGCGUCCCUGGGUACGACCCGGAGCCGGUUGUUACAAGAUUAGCGGAAAUCUUCGAAGAGGAAACCGAAGUAUACAUGCGCAAGGACCCGGACCCGUUCGAUGAGCGACACCCGUCGCGAACGGAUCCCAACAGUGAACUGGGUCGCAUGUUGAAAACCCUGUUCCGAAAGGACCACUUUAUGACCCGGUUGGUGAACGACUAUCUUCGCGAUAAUUUCUUCACGCGACAAAACAUCCAGCAAUGUUCGCAGCCGCUGAAUAUCGCAGCCUGCCGGUUGAUACUGGUGAUCAUGCCGGGGCUGGAAACGUCCGCCGUGUUUCAGGCGGAAUUCGAUCAUCUGAUUACGAGGCUGUAUGGGUGGGCCGAAUCGAGCCCGGAGCCGCUGCAAAGCUAUGCUACCGGGCUGCUGGGAGCUGCAAUGGAAGUGCAGGAGAUUGCGGUCAGUUUCCGGGAGCAGAACAUUCGCUUGCUGCCGAUCAUGCUGAGGCGAUUGCAUGUGCUGCAGCUGGCACACAGAAAUCGAGAUCGUUUGGCGGAGGCUGGCGAAGGAAUGUCCAGUACGGCUUUCCAGCGGAUGUUCCAGGGCGAAGCUGCGUUGAUAUCGCAGAAAAAUUCCACCGAAGGUCAGAACGAUUCCGUGAUGUUGGAUGGCGAAGGUGAUCUGGCCGCUGCCGAUGAGGAGAGACCAUUCGCCCAUUUAGGGGGACCUUCCGGGAACGGCGGUGGGAUCCCUCCGAAUGGGGUCUCUUCGGUAUCGAAUUUGAACACUCUCUUUCAGAAUGAAAGCAGCCAGAACACUCAGGAUGCCCAGGGACGGCUGGCCCAUCGGAACAUGAUCCCGAUCUUCCCGGCAACGAUUGCCACCAGCCAGAUGUUGAUCCUGCGGUACCUUACGCCGAUGGGAGAGUAUCAGGAAUUCCUGCCGCACGUUUUUGAACACAAUGCGAUGAGUCUGAUAUUCCGCUACAUCGAGAAUCUGGACGCCAAGGACACCUGUCUGGCGUUCGAGGCGCUGAAAUAUCUGGCAUCGUUGCUGUGCCAUAAGAAGUUUUCGCUGGAGUUCAUAGCCAAUGGAGGUCUGGAGCGAUUGUUGAAGGUUCCUCGACCCAGUUUGGCCGCCACGGGGGUGUCCAUUGCAUUCUAUUACCUGGCGUAUUGUGAGGAUGCCAUGGAAAGGAUCUGUUUGAUGCCACAGAAGAUCAUCACGGAAUUGGUGACGUACGCGUUGUGGUUGCUGGGAUGUACCCAUGACUCCGGAAGAUGCCACGCGACGAUGUUCUUCGGCCUGAGUUGCCAGUUCAAAACCAUGAUGGAUGAGUUUGAUAAGCAGGACGGUCUGCGGAAACUGUACAAUGUCAUCGCGGUUCUCCCCAUCCUGAUGCCGGGGGACGAGUAUCAUCUGAACGACGACGAGGAAUGCGCUGCCCGGCAAGUGGUUCGACAUGUUUGCGUUGCCUUGAAGAAGUACUUCGAGAAUCAUCUGUACUACAAGUACAACCAGGUGACGCGACAACAGUGCCCCUCGGGAACGUUGGCCCAACCGGUUUUCAAAUCGGUGAAGAAUUCCGCGGAGGUUCUUAGCGAUCAAAUAAAGACAUUGCAGGAGUUACUUCCGAUGAAGGCGAGGUGGUCACCGGUCGACGAGUUUCUGGAUCUGGGCGGUGUUAAUUUACUGUUGCGUAUCAUCGCACUGGCCUACGAGUGGAACUACAGCGGACGUGGUGAGACGGUCCGAGCGGCUUUGGAUGUGCUGAACGUAUGCUGCGUGAUUCCUCGAGUGCAUGCCGUCUUUUGCGAGCGAAUCGAGUUUCCCGAAGAAGGCUCCGCUGCCGGAAUUAACAUUGUGCUGGGAGCUGCCGAAGGUGAAAUCGUUGCCGACGCCGAAGUGCAGAAGUCGGCUCUGGCCGUUUUGGUGCACACAGUUUGCGCUCCGUUGCAUCGGCCCAGUGGAUCACUGGCGCGGUUCGGGUCGGCCAAGAAACGGAUGCCGAACAAGCACUCCGAGGAGCUACUGCAGAAGGUGUGGGAGAGCGUUCGGUCCAAUAACGGAAUCAUUGUGCUGCUGUCGCUGAUGUGCGUCAAGACACCGAUCACCGAUGCCGAUUGUAUUCGGGGGAUGGCCUGCCGGGCGAUGGCAGGACUGGCCCGGUCCGAAACUGUGCAGCAGAUCAUUGGAAAGCUGUCGCUGUUUGUCAAUGGACAAUUACAGAGUCUAAUGCGCGAUCCGAUUCUCCAGGAGAAGCGGGCCGAGCACGUCCAGUUCCAGAAGUACGCUCUGGAGUUGCUGGAGCGCGUCUCGGGCAAGGCGAAAUCUGCCAACAAUCAACUCGACACCUCACUGGCCGACAUUCACAAGGCGAAUGUGGUAGCCCAGACCAAAAUCCAGUUCAACGAGCAGCAACUGCUGGAGUUGAUCCAUCAGCAUCUGGUCGCUCGCGGCUUGACCGAAACGGCGGCCACUUUGGUGCGGGAAGGCGGAAUCACCGUUCCGAAUCCCAUCCUCCAGCAGCACCAGCAGCCGGCUAGUUUAAGUAGGAAUUUGCAUCAUUCUCCUUUCACCUUCCGGUCACCGAAUCCGACCAACAUCCAGCGCUCUAGGAUACGAAGUAAAACCAGCGACGGCACGUUUAGUCACUCCACGGCGCAGACCAAUCUGCAGGCUGCGUUGGCGGCUGCCAGUAUAGAUGGUCCCACCAAUGGUAGCGCCGGUGGCGAACAUUUGAAGGUAGAUACCACAGGGCAAGGCAGUUCCGGCCAGGAGUCACCACCAGUAGACCCAUUCACGCCCAUCAAGCUUAUCAAGAAGACAACUGCGGGAAGUGUUAGCGCAGGAGUGAUAGCCGGAGGCAGCACCACGCAUGGAAGUAGUCUUACCACUCCGUUUGCAUCGUCUUCUAGCUCCAGCCAUCAGCGUCCACUGCAAAAGCAACUCUCGGCAACGACCGACACCGCUUCGUUCCUCGUUCCGGCUUCGACGUCUUCCAAAACGACUACCGCGGAAGUACCGGGCAACUCCGUCACGCUGGACACGAUCAUAACCGAGUACCUCACCAACCAGCAUGCCCUGUGUAAACACCCGAUGUCCACGUGUCCCCAGUUCGAUCUGUUCGUACCGCACAAGUGUCCGGAUCCGCGUCCAAACCGGGCAUCCGGCAUGAGCAUCAACUUUGCCACACGGUUCUUCAAACGGCAUGCCGGAUAUUCAUCGCAGCGAUUCGACCGGCGGCUGGUGCAUUCAAACUUUUCCGCUUCGCGUGUUCUGCGGCCUCAGGAUUCGGAGUUCUUCUUCACGUGUUGCGAUUUCACGCCUUGUGCAACGAAACUGAUCACCGGUUCGCACUCCGGCGAAGUCAAGAUCUUCAACCUGAGCGACAGCAACGAAGAGUUUAGCUAUUCGUGCCACGAGUCGUACGUGAAUUCCAUCAUCUGUAGCAAGGACGGUCGAUUGCUGUUGACUUCGUGCGCCUGGCGCGCGCCAAUGUCAGCCCUGUGGAACAUUGAAAACAGUCGGUUCACGCAGAAGCUCACCUGGGAUGAGGAGGAGUACGUGGAGUUCCCGAACCUGAAGCAGGACAAGGUUCUGGCGACCACUGGAGAGGUCGCCACCAUCUACGACAUAAACACGGGUCAGAAAAUCCUCUCCCUGGUGCCAAGCAUAUACAACCAAUACACGAAAAACCGUGCCACAUUCUGCCCGUCGGACGAGCUGAUCCUUUCGGACGGUGUCCUGUGGGACGUAUCCUCCGGCAAGGAAAUCCACAAGUUCGACAAACUGAACCAAACCAUCUCCGGGGUGUUCCACCCGAACGGGCUGGAGAUCGUGUCCAACACGGAGGUGUGGGACCUGCGGACAUUCCAUCUGUUGCGAACGGUUCCGGCGCUGGACCAGUGCCACGUGAAAUUCUCCCCGCAGAAUGUGAUAUACGGUAUCUGUCCGGAGGUGGAGACGGAACCGAACGCGGACAACCAGUGUUUCGAGUCCAGCUUCCGGGUGCUGGAUGCGUACGAUUACAGCAGCAUUUCGACGGUGGACGUCAAGCGGAACAUCUACGAUCUGGCGGUCAACCUGUACGGUAGCCAGAUUGCGAUCGUGGAAAAUCAGGGCGGCUACAACUCCGUGCAGGAAUCGGUGGUGCGCAUUUACAGCGUCGGCCGGAAGAAGAACACCGAAGACGACGCCGAGGAAGAGGAGGAAGAGAUGGAUAACAGCGAGGACAAUUCGAUGUCGGAAACGGAGUCAGUCGUAUUUCACGGCGCUCGCGGAGAAAACGGUGGUCAGCGUCGUCGGCGGAGACGGGGAAUGCGUAUCAAUGUAUUCGAUGAUGACGAAGAUCUCUUUCAACCAGGUUCUUCCUCGUCCAGCGACGAUGACGACGACGAGGACGAGGACGAUGACAACGAAGAGGACGAGGAUGGGGACGGCGGCGAUGGCGAGGACGACGACGGGGCCAACAAUAACGACGACGACGAGGAAGACGCCUCGUCCUGGACCACGACCUCCGAUCUGGAGGACUUCCUAUUGAUGUAAGACAGUCAGUCAGUGGUGGUGUUGAUGGGCUUGAAAUUGAAUGUAUCCAGAUGAGCGGUCAGCUGGUUCCUCCUCGCCAUCUCCCGUGUUGUCCACUGCCGGCACGUGCAAACACUUGAAAAGUAAGUCGCUUCCUCGUAACUGCUACUUCGUGACAAUUUAGAACUUAUGCGUUCUUCUAUGGUACGUCACUGUAUAUAGAUGUCUUGUAGUAGGAUAAAGGCCGGAUUACCUUUUCUCUAUUAAGAUCAAAAAGCUUUAAGUUUGAUGUUCGAGGGAUUUGUUUCGAAAAGUAAAAUGUUUGAAAAUAUGUUCAAGUCAAAAUUAUUAUUUAUACAACUGUUAAAAUAUCCGUCACAAAGUUUCGAGCAUUCGAUGUGAUUGCAUUUUUUUUUCGUACUGUGUAGGCAGGUGUAGCUCGCGUUUUUUUACUUCUUUGAACAGACGACAGAGGGAUUUUACGUUUUUCUCCGUUUUCUUGAACGUGUAACCACCUAAGGGAUUUUUGUCGCCGCGAGCAAACCCUUCUGCCGCACUAUUUCGGCAUAACGGCGUUGUAUAAUCGAUUUGUACAUGUAUAAUAGAUUCUAGCUCAAUAAAUAAAUUUCAUAUUAA